AUGCAGGGAUCGACAAUGGACAUAUUCAAGCUGCCUACAAUAAACAGGAUACUCACAGAUAGACAACUUGCCUCUAGCAACUUUGACAGCAAAAGCAGAUUCAGUUGGGAAACCAGAGGCCGGCCUAUUAACAGACUUGUACUAUCACAGAUGUACUACAAUUACAGAGAAUUGUAA